UACAUAACAAAUAAUUUGAGGAUGGGUAACUCGGACUCGGCGCUUAUCAGUGAGAAACAGUUGGAGAUAUACCAGCUGGAGACAUUUUUCACAAGAAAGGAGAUCCUUCGUAUUUACGAGAGUUUUGCAGAUUUGAAUCCUGACAAAGUGCGUGAGGCGUUUUUGGCUGGAAACUACCAAAUUAAGAUGGAUUACGGAGAAGUGACUCAGUUAUCAGAGCUGAAGUUCAGUCCUUUCAAGGAUAGGAUCUGCCGGGUAUUUUCAGAAGAUCUGUCCGGAGACAUGACAUUUAGUGACUUCCUGGACAUGUUAAGUGUUAUGAGCAUGCAGGCCCCUAAAGAUCUCAAGGCUGCUUACGCUUUCAAGAUCUAUGAUUUUAACGAUGACGGAGAGAUAGACCGCACUGACCUGGAUGAACUAGUUAACAGAGUGACAGGGUUCAGGAUGAAGACGGAGGAUGUGGACGGUAUUGUGGACGAGAUAUUAAAGGAAUGUGACAUGGACGAGAAUGGAACAUUGACUCCCGCUGAGUUUGAAGACAUUCUCCAGAAGGCCCCCGAGUUCUCAGCUAACUUUAACAUAGAAGUUUAGGGAACGAUUUGUAAUCAUCAGUCAGUGAGUACUACUACAAUAUGUUCUCAUCAGUUACUCUUAUCUCUGUUAUCACUACAGUGUCUGAGUCAGAUUGAAACUUCCUUUACUCAUGAGCAACCAUCUGCUUUGAGACUGAAAUCCUAAGAAAUCACUUCUUCGUUGUCUGGACAUCAAGAUUUGUGCUUGAAGAACAAUGAAACCCUUCUCUCAUAUAUGAGUAUAUCAGAAAUUUAUUUAUUUUAUCAGUAAAUUCUUAACGUAAUUCUUUGUACUUUUUUUUGGGUUCGGGACAAUAUGUUUUGUUUUUUUAGUUUAGUUUUAAUUUAGAAAGCAACCGAGAAGCAAUCUAUAAUUUAAUUUGUUUUCAAAAUAAUGGCAGUUAACAAACUCACGUUGAUACAAAACUGCCGGCUUUUGAAAUUUGAUCCGUAUGUACAUUGUACAUACCGUUGACUUAACUUUAAUGUUAAGUAUUGUUCAUACUUAACUGUUAUAUUUAUUUCCAUUUCCUAUCAAAUUAUUUUUAGUAGCUGUACUUUAGUGGUAUAUUUCCCUAGUUGUUGUAAAUAACCAUGUAUAAUAUGUAAUCCAACAGUC